AUGGGUCUUCUGGCGGACAUUCUGCUGUAUCCGGGCGAGCUGCUGCCGCUGCUGCGCGUGCGCAGGGAGGCCAAGGCGUUGGCCACACACACCUACUCCGACGAGGAUCUGGCGUUCUGCUACCGCAUGCUCAACCGCCUCAGCAAGAGCUUCGCCUUUGUCAUUCAGCAGCUACCUGCCGCUGUCCGCCACGCUGUGUGCGUCUUCUACCUCGUCCUGCGCGCCCUCGACACCGUUGAGGACGACAUGGGGGUGGGCAACGCGGAGAAGAUCCCAAUCCUCAUCGCCUUCCACGAGCACGUCACCGACCCCAACUGGACCUACGUCUGCGGGACGAAGGACUUUCGGAAGCUCAUGCAGCACCUGCACCACUUGCGCCGGGCGCUCGAGAAACUCGACCCAAAGUACCGCAUGGUCAUCCUGGACAUCACCAAGCGCAUGGGGGCGGGCAUGGCCAUGUACAUCACAGCGGAGGUGGAGACGGAGCAGCAGUACCAGGACUACUGUCACUACGUGGCGGGGCUGGUGGGCAUAGGGCUAUCAGCCAUCUUCCACCACUCAGGCCUCGAGCCGCUGGCAGACGAGGGCCUCUCAAACACCAUGGGGCUCUUUCUGCAGAACACCAACAUCAUCCGCGACUACCUGGAGGACAUAGAGGAGGAGCCGGCCCCGCGCAUGUUCUGGCCGCGAGCCGUGUGGGGGAAAUACGCUCAGCAGCUCGAGGACUUGAAGGACGUGGGGGCGAACGGCACAGCAGCAGUGCAGUGUCUCAACGACAUGGUCACCAUUGCUCUCUCCCACGCGCCGCACUGCCUCUGCUUCCUCGCUCAAGUACACGACGCCCAGAUCUUCAGAUUCUGGGCCAUUCCGCAGAUAAUGGCCAUGGCAACGCUCACGCUCUGCUACAACAACAUCCAGGUCUUCCAAAAGGAGAUCAAGCCCAGACUCGGUUUAGCUGCCAAGGUGAUGGACCAGACGUGGAGCAUGGUAGAUGUGCGGUCGUUCUUUCACGCCUUCGCAUUGGAGCUCCUUGCAAAGGUGCACGACGCAGACCCAAGCGCCCAGGCCACACGAGCCAACCUGGCAAAGAUCAUCUCGCUGUGCAAGCCGGGGAAGAAGGUGGCGGGAGUGGAGGGGCUCCAAGGGGCCGGGAUUGGGGGUGGGGGUGGGAGUGGAAGUAUGUCUCUCUUCACCACCAGCAGUGUCAUGUGGCACGUGGUAGUGUUUGCUGUAAGGAAACUGCACUCAAGCAUGUUCCUCCAGUCCCCAGAUUGCCUGCCUCACUCUACUCCUUCCCCCCUCUUCUCUCUCACUCUCACAUGUUACCCCAAUCCACCUAUACCGUAUCUCCCUCUCAACCCCUCUCACCCUUCCACUUCUUCACUUCCUUUUUUUUGCACUUCAUGA